UUCUCCUCCCUUGGAUUAAAAAAUACCUAGGUGUUACACAUCCGACCCAAGCCACCAGAAUGGCAGCUCACCUCCGAGCUGUAGGGGGAGCCAAAUAUUAAGAGGAGACAUAACGAGUACGUUAGGCGUUAAGUACUUGGCGAAGCUUCGCGAAGUUAAAAGGUAUUUUGUGAAAGAGGGAAAAACAGAGAACCCUUAUUACGCCAACUGAAACCCGCAGAGAGCAAAUGAGAGCAGAGCGCGCGAGAGUGCAUUAGAACUAGCGAAGCAGCAACAACGAUUCAUUUGUGUUUGAGGUUAGGUAUUGUCUACCUUUUACGAAUGAGGGGUAGAAAUUACAGCUACAGCCCAUCACCACCAAGGGGUUACAGCAGACGAGGUCGGAGUUCCAGCCCCAGGGGUCGUUAUGGAUCUCGUAGUAGAGAUCUUCCUACUAGCCUUUUAGUUCGCAACCUUCGCCGUGAUUGUAGGCCAGAUGACCUCCGCAGGCCAUUUGAGCAAUUUGGUCCUAUUAAGGAUGUAUACUUGCCAAGAGAUUAUUAUACGGGAGAUCCCAGGGGCUUUGGUUUUGUCCAGUAUGUAGACCCUGCUGAUGCUGCAGAGGCUAAACAUCAGAUGGAUGGUCAAAUUCUUCAUGGCCGGGAGUUGACUGUUGUAUUUGCAGAAGAGAAUAGGAAAAAGCCCGCUGACAUGAGGGCAAGAGAACGGUCAAGUGGUAGGGGUCGACUGUAUGAUAGGAGGCGGUCUCCCCCACGUUAUUCCCGAUCUCCAUGUGCAAGAUCUCAGCCUCGUAGUCCUAGUUACUCUCCAUCCCCCAGGCGGAGACAUUAUUCACGAACUGUUUCGCCUCAAGACAGAAGGUACCAUCGAGAGCCUUCCUACUCCCGCUCUCCCUAUAAUUGCUCAAGGAGUUGGAGUCGGAGCCCUGGCCUCAGCCCCGGCUGCAGCAGUAGUCCAAGUGGGAGCCGUGACCAUCCAAGGAAAGCAGGAAGGGAAAGAUCAUUAAGUCGGUGAAUCAUUGGUGUGGGAAACAGUAUGCAGAUCCACUAUUUUAACGAGUGUUGUCAACAUUUAGUUUGAAAGACACUGUUAAUAUUGAGAUAUGUUUCUCAAUCAAGUCUAGCUUUGAUCUACUUUGUUGGGAUUCUUUCUCGUGGCUGGCCACAUUUUCCCCUUUUUAUAUUCUCUUUUUUUUUUUUUUAAGAUAUAGUUAGUAUUGAGAUAUGUUUCUCAAUUUAGCCUGUAGCUUUGAUCAACUUUGUGGGGAUCCUUUCGUUUGGCUGGCUACAGUUUUCCCUUUUUAUAUUGUGUUUUUAUUUUUGUGUAAGAUGAAGCUCUAUUGUAUCUCUCUUUGAUGUCGUA